AUGAAAAGAGAUACUUCAUCAUUAUCCGACAUCCAACCAGUGUACGACUAUGUCGUCGUUGGGGGAGGAACUUCCGGGUUGGUCGUGGCCAGCCGAUUGACUGAAGACCCCGCAGUCAGCGUUCUGGUCUUGGAGGCUGGAAGCGAUCGUGUCGACGAUCCGCGUAUCGCAGCCCCUGGCCUCUCGGCCAGUACCUACUUUGACCCUGAGUUCGACUGGGGACUUAUAAGCGAACCUCAGGAAGGCCUUAAUGGCCGACGCCUUGCUCAAUCCCGCGGCCGAACACUAGGAGGCUCCUCGGCUAUCAACAUGGGAAUGGCAAUCUACCCUAGCCGUAACGAUAUCGAUGCAUGGGAGCAGCUGGGAAACCCGGGCUGGAACUGGAAGUCUCUAUCCACCUACAUGCGAAAAUCGCAGACAUUCAUACCGCCAUCGAAUGAGGUUCGGGACCAGCUAUCGCUUGGCUAUGUUGAUCCAGAUGUUCAAGGGACCGAUGGACCCAUACAGAUUUCAUUUGGCAAUGGGCCUUUCCCGGCAUUCACUGCCGCCUGGCCUCGGACAUUUGAGGCUUUAAAUCAUCGGCUCACAGGCGAUCCAAUGUCUGGUCGGGCCAAUGGUGCCUUUUGCAAUCCGGCUACAAUUCACGGAACCUCACGGGCUCGUAGUCACGCGGGCGUCGCCUAUUACACCCCCGAAAUAGCGCAGCGCUCUAACCUCCGAGUCAUUACUGAAGCAUUUGUGGAGAAGGUUUUGCUCGGCAAAACAAAUUGUGUCGAUGACGGCCAGGCCAUCGCGACGGGCAUCCAAUUCCGAGGGAACGAUGGAACUCAACGCACAGUGGCCGCAAGAGCCGAGGUUAUCCUGGCAGCCGGCACAAUCAAAACACCGCAUCUGCUAGAGCUCUCAGGCAUCGGUGACGCCAAGCGUCUUCAAGAGCAUGGUAUCAAUACCCUCAUCGACAAUCCUAAUGUAGGCGAGAACCUGCAAGAACAUGGCCUCGUCCCAUUUACCUGGGAGGCUGCCGAUGGCCAGAUAACUGGGGAAGCCUUACGCGACCCUGAGGUAGCCAAAGCCGCCAUGGAGGCGUGGCAGUCUUCGGGGGCUGGGCCAUUAGGUUCCCACCCACUAGCUUCGGCUUUCAUGACUCUCCCGGAGCUGGAAAAGGGUGAGUUAUCUGGCCUCAUAGAAAAGCACCUGAAUGCGGACAGUUCAGCCAGACAAACCGCGCAGUACCGUAUCCUCCGCCAAUUUCUCGAAGAUGCCGACGAGCCGACGUGUCAGUAUACGCUAGCACCAUUCCAGAUGACGCCCGACAAAGGCCCCGAUUCUAAAGGUACCUUUAGCAUGUUGGAGCCAGGAAACUAUGUUAGUAUAGUGGCUGUCUUGAACAGGCCAUUUUCCCGAGGCUCAGUACACUUGGCCUCCUCAGAUCCGACAGAGUUGCCGACCUUCGACCCCCGUAUGCUGUCACAUCCACUCGACCUGGAAAUCCAAGCGCGCCAUGUAAUAUGGCUUGAGACGCUGGCAGCCACCGAGCCCAUGGCAUCGCUGCUGAAGCCCAACGGCCGUCGACUGCAUUAUCCGACGCGCGUGACAAGCUUAGAAACAGCGCGGGAGCUCACGCGGGACCGCUUACUAUGUCAUUAUCAUGUUUUAGGAACAGCAGCCAUGAUGCCGCGAGAACUUGGAGGUGUGGUUGAUGAUCGGCUGAGGGUAUAUGGGUGUCGAAAUUUGCGCGUGGUGGAUGCCAGCGUGAUUCCAUUGAUUCCUCGCGGCAAUAUCCAGACGACAGUGUAUGCUGUGGCCGAAAAGGCUGCUGAUAUUAUCAAGGAGGAUAGAUUGGCUUCACUGUGA